UGAUGCAACCAAGUGCAGUUCCAAUGUCUUGUAACACAACCAUUCCUGCUAAUUUACCGAAUAAAUGGGCCAACAGUGGAGUGGACAUCAAUCUAGAUAACUUAACUCUGGGAUCCAACAAGAAGGCUCCAGCUCCCUCCAUGAACCAGAUGCAGACUGUCACGCCCACCCUACCGCAGAUGCCGGGCCAGACUCACCCAGGCAUGAUGAUGGGGGGCAACCAGAUGCUGGGACGCAACCUGAUGAUGUCGCCACAGCAGCCCAAGCCACCUGUUGCUCCAGUGAUGAAUGGCAGUGCAAUACCUGGGGCAAUGAUGCCUGGGAUGGUGCCAGCUGCCAUGAUCCCAAGUGGUGGAAGUGGGAUGGCAAUGGGCAUGCCUGGCCAAGGCAUGAAUAGUAUGCCUGUUAUGAUGGGUAUGAUGACCCCACAGCCCCCUGCAGCUGGCCCUGCAUCUAUGACCAAUAACCUGGGAUUGUAACGAAGACUUGGAAGAUAAAUACAAAAGUUUUUGUUCAGGGGAGGGGGGGGGGAUGGAAAUGAAAGACAAGUUUUUAAGGAAGUUGAUGUACUUUGAGGGGAGGGAGGGAUAGGGGUAUGACAGAGGCUCUUGAGAAAACAGGAAUAGCUUAGAAAAAAACAAAAAAAUCUAUUUUUCUCUUGUUCAAUUAUUAUUAUUAUUUUUUUUCAUUCGUUCUUUCCAUUUUCCUAUCCUAAUAUUUGCUUUUGACUACCUUUAUUAUGAAUGCAUACUGAGAACAUAUUGCAUUGGUUGGGAUCGAGAGGGAUGUCUGUUGUGGUGGCUUUGAAGUGGUUAAGAAUGUAUUUUCCUUUUGCUCCAUUUCUUUUUCUGGCCCCGUUUAUCCUCCUCUUUGAAGCCUUUUUCUGGCUUUAAUCCUUAUUAUUUUUCUACUUCUUCUUCUUCUUCUUCUUCUUCAUCCUCCUCUUUUCUCUCCAUGACCAAAGCAACAUAGAUGAAAUAUUGGAGGUGAUAAAGGGUAAAGAAGGGCAGAAAAAGGAGAAAUUAUGCCGUCUAUCACUGAUUAGAAAAACACAUUUGGGUUCCUUUUUGUGUAAGUGUUUGAGAUCUGAUUAAUUUCCCCCCAAGCCCUCAAAGGACAAAAUAUGGCAAUUGCUCUCAGGAAUGUAGGCACAUGGAAAAGAGAGACACAAAUCAUCCAAAUCAACCCUAUUAUGGAUGUCCAAAUUAGAAGUUAACUUGAAAUAAGCAUAUAUCACAAUAACCAGUGAAAUGCAUUCUCCUGUCAUGUGUGUACACAAAGCUCUGGGCUUUUACUGUCCUUUUGGGGUUAAGGAGGAGGAAAAGUUCGAAAGAAAGAAGAAAGAAGAAAAAAAGGGUUUAAAAUGAAGAGGAUAUAAGAUAUAUUUAUUUCUCUCUCUCUCUCUCUCUCUC